AUGCUCCGCCGUUUGCUCGGGGCGCUUCUGCUGCGAGGAACGCGAACCCUCCGCCUUCCGUCCGCAGAAGCGAACGCUGGCGGGGCGCGCUGCUCCACUCCGCAUCAGCGCCAUUUCUGAGCAGCGGGGCUCGGGGGGCGGCUCGGCUUCUUCCCUCCCCCCGCCUUGGGGCAGGCCGAGGGCGGCGGGGCGGGGCCGGGCCCGGCCGUUCGUCGCGCCCCGCGGUUCCUCCGCCCACCGCCGCGCUCCCCCCGCUCGGCCGGGCGGCUCUGCAAGAUGGCGGCGGCAGCCGAGCGCGGAGCGGGGCUGCCCGCCGAGCCGCCGCCUCCACCGCUGCGCGGGGUUCGGCCGCCGCCGCCGGGCCCCGAGGAGGCGGCGAGGCGGCUGGCGGUCACCCGGCGGGAGCUGAGCAACCGGCGCAAGAUCCUGCUAAGGAACCUGCCGGCCGAGAGCAGCAGCCAGGAAAUCCAUGACUUAUUUAAAGAUUAUGAAAUAAAGUAUUGUUAUGUGGACAGAAAUAAAAGAACAGCAUUUGUUACUCUGUUAAAUGGAGAACAGGCUCAAAAUGCAAUUCAGAAGUUUCACCAGUACUCUCUUCGAGGAAAAGAAAUAUCCGUGCAACUCCAGCCAACAGAUGCUUUGCUGUGCAUUACCAAUUUGCCUAUUUCAUUUACUUUGGAAGAGUUUGAAGAACUCGUGCGUGCUUAUGGCAAUGUGGAGAGGUGUUUUUUGGUCUAUAAUGAAGUUACUGGUCAUUCCAAGGGCUAUGGCUUUGUGGAAUAUAUGAAGAAGGACUCUGCUGCAAAGGCGAGACUGGAACUUCUGGGGAAGCAGUUAGAUGAGAGCACUCUCUUUGCACAGUGGAUGGAUGUGAACCAGCUGACUACAAAUCUAAUUCACUCCAAGUGCCUUUGUGUAGAUAAAUUGCAAAAGGACUUCGCUGAUUCGAAAGAACUGUUGCAGGCUUUCUCGCUGCAGUAUAAACCUGUAUUCUGCCAGUUUGCUCAGGAUGAAGAUAGUUGCAUUGGUGACUUUGCAGUGAUCGAGUAUGAAACUGCAGAGCAGGCUGAGAAAGUGCAGGAGGCGAUGGACGGCACGGUGAUCAAAGGGAGGAGAGUGCAGGUGUCCUACUGUGCUCCAGGAGCGCCCGGCAGAAGCACGCUGGCAGCGCUUAUCGCAGCGCAGAGGAUGAUGAGGAACAAUAGGAAAGGAUUGCUUCCAGAGCCGAAUCCAGUGCAGAUCAUGAAGAGUUUUAACAAUCCAGCAAUGCUGCAAAUCCUCCUGCAGCCCCAGCUGCGUGGACACGCUGUCAAACCUGGAGUUCUGGGAGCAGCAGCAGGUUUGCCUCACCUUAUGAACACAGCAGUCAGCCCUCCUUUCCUGCAGCUGAAUAAAGUCCACCAGAAUUCAAUUCUGGGCAACACGAGUAACUUGCUGCUGCAGAGCCCUGCUCACCUCCCGCUGCCGCAGCAGCAGCUGAUGAAGAUGGAGAACAUCCAGGCCAAUAGUAAACCAGGUUUGCUGGGAGAGCCUCCAACAAUGCUGCUGCAGACUGUGCUGGGAAUAGGGGUAAUGCCAUCAGUGAGCUCAGGCAUGGGAACCCGUGGAGAAGCUCUCAAGUCAGCAGCAGCAGCGGGGAUGGGCUUGUUGCCAUUCUUUCCAAAUCAGCACAUUGUUGGGCAAGCCAUACCAGGGCAAAAUAAUGCUCCGGAUAAAGCACUGACUGCUGAAGGAGUCGUCUCGGGAUCGCAGCCGUAUCAUCAGGGUGUAACCAACAUCGCUGCAGGAGCCUUGCGGGCCGGCCACGCCAAGCAGCAGAAUCAACUGAACCAGCUGAAAAGCGCUGACACGAGUUUGGGGCCUCCUUCGAAAAAACAGACUUCUCUGCUAGGAGAACCGCCAAAAGAAAUCCGCCUUAGUACCAACCCCUACUUGAAUUUGGCAAGCGUGUUGCCUGGUAUCUGUCUUCCAGCAAUUGCCAGCAAAGCCUCGAGUCCACCACAGCAGAGCGGACUGCCCAACAACAUCGUGGAUGCUGCUGUGUCUCAGGGAACCACAUCACAACAUGCAAUGGAAAAUUACUUUAAUUACGCUCAGCAGCACGGGGAGUACACACAGGUGGCUCCGGUGAGAAGCGAGAAGCGAGGCUCCUCGUACCUCAUUGCCUCCCCAGAACCUGGCCCAGUGGAGUACCUUGGCCAGCACGCUCAGGGCUCCGCAGUGCGUUAUGCAGAAUCCUCGCUGAAGAAGAAGCGCGUUUACUGAGACCCGACGAGUCAGCCCUGCCUUGAUAGGCGAAGGCAAGCCUUGCGUACCUCUGCUAUUUAUUGCUGCCUUAACUUCAGACAAAUAACUUUUCUUUCUCCGUGGGUUCUGAGUAUCCCAAGAGGAGCAACCCUGUGUAACAGGCAGGUUUGCCAAGUGAGCUGUAGGCGCCGAUACGCCGUUAGCCAUUUCUCAGUAGUCUGACUUGCCUUCUGGAAGGGUGGAUGGGUGUCCUUCAUCUGCCACCAAAGCGACCGGGGAGCUGGAGCCGACCCAGAGAGGUAACCAGCUCACUCUGUAGUUCCUGGCAGCGUACAGCCGAAAGCAAUAAAAACACUGAUUCUUUCUCUAGUCCUCAGGCUGAGGAAGUUAAAGACAAAGUCUUAAUAGCAAUUCUCUUUCUUAUUUUUUUAACUCAAGAAUGUGGGUUGUUGGUUUUUUUUUUUUUCGAUCUUGCUUAUCCCAGGAUUAAGAUUUCUGCAUUUACAACCCUUAUAUUUUUAAAAUUCCCUCUUAAUCCUGGAGUGCAGAUAUACCAAAUGUAUUCCUAGAGUCGCUGUGAUGUUUUCAAUAAAUGUUUGUUCAAAGCGCGAUCCUACGCAGCGUGCUGCCUUGCAGUAUGAGAUUUUAUUUGGACAGCUGCCAUUUGGCCAAUGAAGUAACCUUUAUCUGCGUUGGGCAAAGAAUCCACAGCUUUUCCUUGGAGUAGUUCAGUUUGUGAAUGGAGCUGUGUUACACAGCAAAGCACCAGCUCAAAAGAGCAAAAAGCAGCGGGUUCCUGAAUGCUCUGGAAGUGCACUUGGUGGUGUUCUGCAGCCUGGUGUCCUCCUUCCUGCAGAAACGUGGUAGGUGAUGGGUGGAGGUGACAGAAGGGGGAAUAUACACCACCUCUUAGGCUUUGCCUGAAUGCAGAUGAGCCACACGUAGAGCAGAAGUGCCCCUACAGCUCUCCUCAGCUGCCUUCUUCAGUUCUGCCUGCCUGCUCUUCUCUCUAUUUAUUUAUUUUUUCCAGCCAUCUUUAGACGUUUGCUGCAAUCCAAGCCCUGUUGGAGUGGAGCAUCCUGGCUCCAGUUCUCUUUGCUUCUUCCAUCUCGCCUGUCGUGUGAGGUUCUUACCCAAAAGAGAAGCCAUUCAUGUUCAGGCAGCGGUAGGUGCUCAGCCCUGCACUGCUUUGCAGCCAGGUGGCUCUCACUGUCUUUUUGUAUUUAAGGACUCGGUAUUUUGGGCUCACAAACGAAGCACCUUCGGCUAGCCUUUCUUUUCUGCUGUUUCUCCUCUUGGCUGAAGAGUUAGCAAGCAUUAUUUGAAAUCCAUGUUUGUGACGGCUAGACGUGGUGGGCAGGGGACCCUUGGAAUCCCAUUGCAGAUUGAUUUGGACCCGAUUCACUCACUUCUGCCAUUAAGACUGUAAAAGCAGGCCUGAAUCUCUAGUUUGGUAGACAGUACUGAAGACAUAUUUUUUAAUACUGAUUUGUGUUUAUUUUUUAUGAACAAUUUAAACUGUAUUUCAAGCUUUAGUGUGUGACCAGAAGAGAGAUUUUUCCUGGUUUUCUUUUUUUUUUUUAAACAUCAAAAUCUCUCCUCCCUCACUGGUGUUGUUUGGAUAGACAGCAUGCACUGCAUACAGGUAGCAAUGCCUAAGACAGCCAAAUAGCAGCACAGUUAAUGGGAGACACGACGUUUUGGGGGGUGGGAUUCUGUAUGUAUUGAUAAGUUCACUUGUAAUAUUUUGUUCAAACUGUUUGUAUACGCAACUUUCUUAAUUUGUUACCCUUUUCAGUGAAAAUAAAGUGUUUGGUACACA